AUGCGAGACCGAAAUCUCGUGGGUGAACCAGUUGUCGCGGCGACGAAGAAGAAAAAGAAGAAAAAGAGACACCUGGAGUCGGGUCGAUACAAACGGAGCCCGAGCUGGUUCCGGAUAAAGGUGAGAGCAGGUGUUUUACUAAGGAGGAACGAUAAUAGGAGGUUGGAUGUAGAUCAGAAGGAGGAGGAAGAAGAAGAGGCGGAGGAGGGGUCGAGGAAUUUUGGAACAAGAUCGGCCUAUAACCAGCUGGACUGGACGGCCUCGCGAGUUUUCGUUGUAAGGCCGGGAGUUGUGGGGGUCACCACGGGGGCGGGGGUGGGUUUGCCCCUGCUUCUUCUGGUCGUCGGUGUUCUUGGUAAUCAAGCGUGCACGACGACGGCUGCGCCGGUGGUUUCCGAUCCGCACGUGUCCCUCGAUGCUACGCCUCCUCGUCUUCUGCCUCGAUCAACGGACCGUUCAUCGUCGUCGUCGUCAUCAUCAUCAAUAUUGUCAUCAUCGUCGUUCCCGUCUUCCUUUCGAAGAGCCAUUUACAAGGGUCGAUUUUCCAAUCACCAUCCGGAGAACCCAACCUACGAGAGCGCCUCGAAGGGAGAACUGGAUUAUCACGAGGUAUCGUUGCUACCGGGCGAACGAGAAGACCCGAACGGUCUCGACGGGGAUCGGUUGCUGUCUGCCUGGGAACGAACGAGAAUCGAUACCAUCGGAAGGAAGGAUCCUUCUUCCCCUGUAGCAGCAGGCGGAAGAGGAGGCGAAGGAAGUGAAGGAGGCGGAAAAAGAGGAAGAGGAGGAGGAGGUCUGGCUCACGAGAGGACCAAGUCGAGACGGCGACAGGUCGCCGCAGUGAGCCUGCUCGAUGAUCGAGGAUCAUCCUCUUUAAGCCCCGUCGAACCAUACCAAUUGGCUACGAGAUUUUUUCGUCCUCGUAACACGGAACCAUCUUCGAUCCAUAUCGACGGAGUUGAACCAGAAAUUCGUCGAGGUGGUAUUAUCUUUACCGCGAGCGAAACAACUGGCAGUGACUCAACGUUAUCAUCGUUGGCUUUCGAGGACGCUGUCGGUGAUACCUUAUCGAACGAAAAUCGUUCGACGACCACGGGAACGACAACAACAACGACAACGACGACGACGACGACGACAACGACGACGACGACGACGACAACGACGACGACGACGACGACGACGAAAACGGCGACGUUAACAAGAAGAACAGCAAAAACGGCGACUACGGUAACUACGGUACUACCAGUCCCUUGGACUAACGCGUCGUUUCGUUUGGUUCAUCGAACUGUGCCUAGAUUAUCGGACGACGAAAGUGUACAUUCGGGUAAAUCCGCUGGUAGACGCAACAGGAAGGCUAAAGACGAAGAAAAAGUGGUAGAGGUAGAUAUCUCGUCUCGUAAAGACGACAGGGAUAGGUUCGCGUUCGCGGGGGACCGUAGUAGUGGUGAGGUCAAAGGUGGUGGUGGUGGUGUCGUCGAGUGGACCACAACAGUCGCCAGGCCGAUGUCAGCGUGGUCGUAUCCUGAAGAUGAGGAGCCGGGAGCUGGAAACGUAAGGACACGCUCGAGGCCGAAAGAGGCGGCGAGCGAGGACAAGGAGGCCGAGAGUGGCGAAGAACAGGUCAAGGUCACGGUAACAGAAGCCAAAGGCUCAUCGUCUACGUCGACUACGGCAAGGACCACGAACACGUCGCCGACGACCACACAGUUACCACCACCGAGUCAAGAUACCUCUAUGGAAGCACUGAACGCGAGUAGCUACAUAGUGUCAGUGGUGCUCGUCUUGGUAGUCGGGGCACUGGUGGGUGUCCUGGCGACGGUAUCUCAUCAUCUUCAUCAUCGUCGACUGCUACUGCACGAGCCAGCCUCCGCCUCGAUCUUGCAUCACCAUCGGCAACAUCAUCACCGCCAUCACCAUCAUCAUCGUGAGGAACUCCCAGCGUCGCAUCAACGACGUCUCCUGCUGCAGGACCACCACCGUCACCCUGGCACACCGAUGCUGUCGGUGAGCCCAGGAAUGGAGGUAGGCAACAGCGGUCAUGGUGGCCUCGGCGAUGGACUAGAGGGUGAGCCAAACUGUGGUGGUGACGUGAUGGGCGGGGGUGGCGGCGGCGGCGAAGGAGCCACUGACGGGAUACAGGAAGCGAUGGUCGCCGCAGCGAGAGACCGGGCGAUCCGAUCUGGAAGUGUCCGGCAGGACCUCGCCCUCGACCUACCCCCGCGGCUGCAACUUCCAGAUGGCGAGGAACGUCCUUACGGAGCACAUACCGCCCUUCACCUACGCGACCCGGAGCAGGAGAGCGAGAUUUACCAGAAGUGUGUGCGACCACCACCAAACCGGACGGUGUUCGACAGCGAGAGCCCUCCGCCUUACCGAAGCCAGUCCGCGUUGCUGGACGCGCCGGAUCGUAUAGUCCGGUGCCACAGCGCCGGCAGUUCCUUGUUGAGGGUGUUCCGGAAGUUCCCUAGUCCUGGGAGCUCGACGCCUGCCGUAGUGGUGCCGCCGCCGCCCAGACGACCUACCUUGUCCAGUUAUUCCGAAUCUAGUAGCAACUUGAGCAACUUGUCCAGCCUAACGAUGGUUCCCUGCGAGACCGACGAGAGUCAGCAACAAGAACAUCAACAACAGCAGAAACAGCGCGUCUGAUCCGAGGCACGGCCAAGAAGAAGAGCGCUUGAGGUCACGCAGCAAACAAGCCCAACGACGUCGAAUAGCAGCGAAUUCCUCGAGGUCGACGGACGACGAAGGAUCUCGUGGAAGAGGCGACGAGCCAUUCCAAAAAUCGUGGCGGGACAACGAGAAGAAAAGACAGAGGAACGGGUCGACGACACGCGGCACAAGGACGCUGCUGUUGCCUCUGACACUGCCAGCAAGGUCGUCGUACUUGUUCUACCCUCCUCGAGAAUUCUCGACCCGUCGAGGAUCCCUCAAGACUGACUCGCAGGAGAAACGUUCGUACGGGUUCGGCCAGCUGACGAAUACGUCUACCACGUUGUUACUACGGUCGUGGAUCGGCUGCGCGGAGAAUCUCGCCGACAGAUAAAAAACGCUACCACCUGAGAGAGGAGAAGAGAAGAUGAAGAGAAGAAUUUCAUACAACGAUCCUCCUCCUGUAACAUCCUACUUGUACCACCGCCGCAGCUGUAGAUCCUCCUUUGGACUGCACAGCUUUGGAUGGUCCUUCAGCUUGGUUUUUUUUUUGGAACAGCGUCCUCGCCCGGGGGCUGAUGAAGAUAUGGAGAGAGAGAAAGAAGGAGGGAGGAAGAGUGCUGCUUUCGUGGGUCUGUUCCCUUCGGUGCUUCCGGUGCUCGAUACCUUGCGAUACAUCGGCCAGUCUCUAGCCUAGAUCUCAGACGAUUCCAAAGUUAUUUAGAGACAAGGUUAGUUUAUUAACGCAGCUAAUGAGAUUGGAUAAGGGUGAAUUGAGGGUGGGCCGUUGAGGCACCAAACGAAUCGGAUCGAAAACGAAUCAGUCGAGGCGUGUACGAAAGCAAGGAACGGACAAGAAUGGAAAUAAAGAGAGACGAUAGAAAAAAGGGAAGAGAGAAGAAAAAUACUAAGUGAGGCCUAUGAAGAAUUUAAGAGAGAAUAGACGCAAAGGUACGAUCCGUAAAGCAGCACCAGCCACAAGUAACACAGAGAGUGACACGUUUUGUUCCUGGGGGGGAAACACGAGACACCAUGAAGCAAUGUACGUGAUAGGAAGCUGGCCAUGGAAAAUACACGAUGUAGCAAUUAGAAGCCGACAGAGUUUGCUGCCCGUUUGCUGCCGACCCAAGACGCGAGACCACAGACCAACGGGACGAUAUUUCUCAUCAUCGAGUUUCGUUUCGCUGCGAAAAAGACUUAGUAAAUUAUUUAUUGGCGAUAAUUCGCGAUGGAGCGUGUCUUUGUAGAGAGAGAGAGAGAGAGAGAGAGAGAGAGAGAGAGAGAGAGAGAGAGAGAGAGAGAGAGAGAGAUAGGCACACGACGAAGCGGAGAAAACGUGGAGAAGCGGACAACACCGCGACACGUUAGAAUAAAAUGAAUGUAUCCGCGUGUGAAUGAUUCGCGUCAAUUGUUUGCGUUUCUGUGUAUGUAUGUAUGUAUGUAUGUAUGUGUGUAUGUAUGUGUGCGUGCGUGCGUGUGUAUGUAUGUGGAGCACGUAUCCGUGUGAAAAACGGGUCCAGAAGUGAGAAGAAAUGGAGGGAAGAAAUGGAAAGAAAGGGAGGAAGAGCGUGGUAAUAUCAUUGAGAGGAACGCGUGACGCGAAAAGCGAAAAGGAAAGGGAUUUUCUGAAUGACUGAUGCGGCGCGAUUCUAUGGAAGGCUGUGUGUAAAUGAAAAAUGGAGAAAAAAAGAAAGAAACGAAUGAAAGGAAACCAGAGAGAGGAAAAGUAGUGCCAAGAGCGUUAAUAAAAAAAAAAAAAAACAAAAAGAUGAUGAUGAUGAUGAUGAAGAAGAAUUUGUAAAUAUUAGGUUAGGUAGUUCAAUAUCGAUAUAAUUAUUACGACUAAAAAUGAUAUGCUCUAUAUACUUGAUUAAAAAGUAAUAAACCUUUACACCACGCAUAAACACGAGUUAGACGGGCCGUACGAAAUCGCCAUGGGACACGCGUUACGCUUUUCGACGAGGCCUCUGUGACAUUUCUUCUGGAUAUGAAAGAACAAAAGAAAGAACGGAAAAAGAAAAAAGAAGAAGAAACGAAACGAAACAUAAUAUUUGACAAAAAAGAAGAAAAUCGCUCUCGAGCAUCACGAGCGAUCCUUCGAUUUCUAUGAUCGAGAAACAAAUGAAUAGAGAGGGCAAAAAAGAAAAUGAUAAAGUACUAUACGUCUGUUUAUAUCGUGGUUGGCCAUCGACUUCGUCGAUUAUUCAAUUUCUUUCUUUUUUCUCUCCGUACAGGAAGAGGGAAGAGAACGCUUGAUCGAAGCUUUCGGGAUAUUUUUGAAAGAACAGAUCGGUAUUCACGUUUUAGUGAUUGGUAACGAGUGAAAGAUGAAAGAAUUGGAAUGGGAUGAUCGCGAAUCGUUGACGAAGAGGUUGUAAAGAGAUAGAAAAUAGAGGAGAAAUCGAAGGGAGCCUCGCGAUGCUCGAGGAAUGUACUGCUACCGCGUCUCGCCGUGAUUCGAAUGGCUCGCACGAUGUCUGAUAUAAACGCUACUUUAUUAUUAUUCAGAUAGAUAAGGCUUCAGUUUUUCGAAAGAAAAGAAGAAAUGAAAAUAGGACGAGAUCUGCCUUGACGACGAACCGAGAGUCGACGACCGGCUUCGUUUCCCCGUUUUCUUUCAACUGCCACGAAAAGAAAAAUAAAACGAAUAAAAGUUUCCAUUUAGAUCGCCGUGGAGAUUGCCUCAAAAGAACGGUUAGGGUUUACGGUAACUUGUUUAGAUUUAGAUAUGCCUAAUGGUGCGUUAGGUGUAUCGUUAGACGAUUAACUAUUAACCUAUUAACCGGGGAAAACAAGGAGAGUUCACUCGUCAUUCGGAUUGCAAAUUCUUUUUGGAUAAAAUAGCUCGUCUAUUUAGAUAUUAUCUUGCACGUGUCGUAUCAUUUUUAUUAAAAGUACGUUAUAGGAGAGAGACGAAAAUCUGAGUAUGUUUUUAUCGAACUUUUUAUUUUAAUAUUUUAAUAUUUUAAUAUUUUAAUAUAGCAUAGAUAAACAUGAAACAUGAAAGCAAGCGUCUUUAAAAUAGCUAAUGGAUUGAUCAAGUUAACCCUAACUUGACCUCAAUCAAGUUUUGUUAAAUACCAAAGGUAUAUCUAAUUAUUUAAAAAAGCAAUAUUGUAAUGUAUUCGAUAGUUUGAUAUUACAAAAAAAAAAAAAAAAAUAAAAAAUACAUUUUAAAUUAAUCGAAUAAGAAAAUUAGGAAAAAGACACACGUUCGGUUUUAACGUUAGUUCUAUCGACAUUUAAUAAAAAAAAAUCUGAGACUUAUCGUUUCGACUGUUUCGACAAUUUUACCGCUGAAAUCAAAUAGGAAGAUUAGCUCGCGAAAUUGUUUGAUAAACUGACGAACGAGAACCGACUAAAGAUCGAUCAAAGUCAAAUAAUUUUUUCAAAAUUGUUACGAAUAAUUUCAUAGUAGACUAAUAAACUUCUACACAUUCGAAUAUGAGACCUAGGCCUUUUUUUCCUAUUCCAAAUAUUUUCCACCUAUUAAAUUUCAAAGCUACCCCACUCUACAGAAAAUGAAAAAAUGCUGACUUAUCGCAUUCUUCCUCUGUAAUGUUCAUUUGCAACGACUAAAGCUAGAGAUGGGACACUCGAUACCCCGAAAACCCUCGAAACUCGAGAUGAAUUUCAUUUCAAUCCGAUUGAAUUUAUAUUUAGCCUUUAAACUCGUUUUAAUUGGCAGGAUUUCAUCGAUAAAUAAUUUGAUUUACCGCGAAAAAUUGUCUAACAUCCUACCAAUUGUAAGAUAAAUAUUUCUUACAGAUCAGGGAAAAACAAUAAACAUUUCGGAUUUUGAGAGUCGCGAGAUCUCAGUUUUUACGACUUUUCCGAGUUUCAAGAGCCAAACCAAAUUCAUUCGAGUUUCGCUAUCUAAUCUGAACAUCAGACGCCCCUAACUAAGAUCCACCUAAACGAAAUUGACGCAUUUUUGUUAACCUUUAGUUUUGCGAUUAAACAAGUUUCUAAUUAAUGGAGAACCCGGUUAACAGGUUAAUUGGGCGUGCCGUGACACAGCACGCCAUCGACACAGUGUUCCUGAGAACCUUUUUCUCGAAAAAAGGCGGAAAGUUUGGUAAAGGGGAAAAAGGGAAAGAGGGGGGGGGGGAGAAAAAAAAAGGAAAGAAAGAAAAUUAUUUUCUACGCUCCCGGAUACCUGCACGUACCAAAUAGAUUUCUAUCGAUUUUGAAACUCAGUAUCGAAAUGAUUUUUUACUCGAUAGCCAUGACAUUGUUAAUUUAAGAUAGACUUUCGUAAUCGUUAUAAUCGCUAAGACGAAAGUGACAUGGAAGCUUUAAGUGAGAGAGAGAGAGAGAGUGAAACGAGUAUGGCGAAUUUAGUGUUUUCCUACGAUCGAAAGAGACCCACGAGCGUAAUUUUUUACACACUUUGAUAUUUUUCUCGAUAUGAAGGGACAAAAGGGAAUACGUAAUGAAAAAAGUAAAGUAUGAAAGAAAAUAAUAGUAUUUUUAUUGAAAUUAUCUUUCAAACGUAGACAAUUGAGCAUCAGCUAACGCUAAUUUUCUCUUAUAAAAUAACGAUUCACCAGAAAGGCCUUCGACACCUCGACAAAGUACAAUCUUCUUACCAAAUACAAAAGUACAGAACCACCACGGCAAUCUGAUAGAAAUAGAACUACAUUCGAAACUGAAAUUGUACGCGCGUGCAAUUUCAGUGUACAAUAAUAAACCGAAUGGAUUCUCCAAGGGAAAGGAGGAAUGAAAAAUGUAUAUUUGUAAAGGGAAUUUGUUAAACGCGAUAUUUGGCGUGUAGACGAGUAAAAUGGCGGUAUCGACUUCGGUUCUCGACCUCGGGACAGAGCGAAACUACUCAAGUAUCUCAUGAGAAGUCACCAAUUAUUGUAAUCCUUUAAAAAGAGAAAGAAAAAAGAAAUAACCGUUUCGACGAAGGGGUAAAAUUGCAAACGAAUCAUCGACAGCUCUUUCCUUUCGAUUCUCGGCUCACGCAGGACACGAAUCUCCUUUCUAAAAAAUUGCCAAAUUUCUGGAACCGUAUCUCAAGAAAAUUCGUCCAUUUUAUUCCGUGUAUACUCGUUACUUCGAACAUUCUAUCCUAAAAACGCUCUAUUUAUUGAUAUAUCUAGAUUAAUUAUAUUUAAUGUAUCUUUCAAAAAACAUCGAGAUUCAGACGAACAUUCGAACGAUCCCGUCUCACGUGAAAUGAGAAUUAAAGAAAAGAAGCGAAUAACGAAACGAAAAAGAAACACCGUAGAAGAGGCACGUUUUAGGCGUCGAAUAUGUAUAGGUAAGCGUUGAAAAACAAAAAAAAAAGGAAGCGAAGAAAAAGCGAAAAAGAACGCAAAUGCCGAUGAAAGAAGCGUACACAGUCGGUCGGUCCUGUGUGUGCACACGUAUGGCAGAUCAUUCUGCGUGUACGUGUGCGCACAGAUGAAAUCAGAAGUUGUUUGGAGAGAACGAAAAAAACAAUGCCCGGGUAGUUUUACACACGACACUCGUGGUUUUUAAGCCGCGAACAGACGCAAGCUUUUUUCCAUCGUUAACGAAAAAAAAAAGAAAAGAUUAAAAAAAUAAAAAGAAAAAUGUGUUCACGCGCAUGCAAUAUUAGGUGAUGAAGAUUAAUCGUAUUUCUCUAUGUAAAGAAAGAAAGAAAGAUGAAGCGUUAUUCGAAAAAAAGAAAGAGGAAAAAAAGGGAAGAAAACGAGCGCGAAAGGGUGAGAGCGUGAAGUUGAAGGAAAGAGAAAGAAAAGUAGGAACGAGAAAGAGAUAAUCGAGAGACACGCGAAGAACGAACAACAGCGGACUAACGAGAGAAUAUACGGUCCCUCGCGAUUGAACGAGAGAGCAAUCGACGAGAAGACGCGACAGAAUGAUUGUACGUGUGCCUGAGUGUGUGUACAUGGACGUGUGAACAAGAGAAAGAGAAGCGGAGCGUGCAAGAAAUGGGAAAGGUACGAAAAGGUGUGACUAAAUCCAAAAAAAAAAAGGGUCUUGUGCAACUCUCGGUUAAAUUAAAACGAUUAAAAAAUAUUAGAGAAAAAAAAGAAAAGAAAAGAAAAAAAAAUAAUUGAGAGAGAGAGAGAGAGAGAAUAUUGUUAUUGAAUUAGAUCGAAUUUUUUAAGGGCCGUCGACGGAGCGGAGUUUUAGAUUAAAAAACGUUUAGGCGAAUUUGUGAUUUUUUGAUUUACGCGAAAGUAAGAAAGGAAGUUUGAUUAAUUGAACUUUAGCAUUCUUAAUAAUUAAUUAAUUCGAGGUGUGUGUAUCGCGGUGUCUUUUUAACCCAUUAAGCGUGAAAAUUGUGUCGACGAAACAUUUCAUUUGUAAUUUCUUUCCAUCAGUUUAUAUUAUCGCAAAUUGUUUUUAAUGUUAAUAACAUUCAAUACGUUUAACAUCAAUGUUUCUUGUAACAUUUGCGAUAUUAAUAUUUCGCCGACAUUAUCUUUUAUUUCGAUUUGAUAAUUUCAAACGAAUAGGGAAGAUUUUAAAAAAAGUAUGUUCGUCUUUAAUUUUCUAAAAAAAAAAUAAGCGUUUGUUCGAUGCUUAAUGGGUUAAUAAUUCGUUAUGGGACGCUCGAGCUUUCAUUAGGCGAUCCAGCUGGAGCGACGAGAUCGAUCUAUCGUGGCCUUUCGCUGAAAAUCACCGGCAAUUAGGCUGUGUGGAACGACGACGGGCUAGCUAUCUUGUCGAUAUUGAAAAAGACGAAGGAAACGUUUUCCAUUUGCGCAGAUUGCUUUCUGGCAGCGUACUUUCGACAGAUUAGCUCGCUGGAUCGAUAAUCGAUACUCUGACGUUCACAGCAGCUACUUAAUCGAAAAGUUACGGCUAUGGAUCGGUAAUAUCCCCCAAAAUCAUGGUCGUAUCUUCUUGAUAAUAAAUCGGUUAGAAUCAAUUAUACUUUAGGAAAAAUUUAGACGAAGGAUCUAUCUACAUUGUGGCUCAGGAAAGUAUUCGGAAACUUUCGUGCGUUAUAUUAUGUUCGUUACAUGAAACAUUUCCAAGUUCCAUUAACGCUGCAGCGUUGUGUAACUUUCAUAUAGGAAAGUAUAGUAAUAAUUGUUAUAAACGACAUUUAUUUCCCUUGUGAGAGAGAAACUGGUGUUCCAUCGUUUUAAUCUUGAAAAUCGGUCACGUGUCUUAGGACAAUCUUAAGUAAAUAUGGACAAAAUUCGUGAUCUGUGAGAUGAAACAGAAAGUGUAUCGAUACAAUGGUCUUAAAGCCUUGAAUGUCAGCUGAUAUUUAAAAAAGAUCUUUUUAUUCUUUUAUUCUACCACCAUUCGUAAUUCUAUUUUCACUGUUUCACAUUGUAUGAACUAUUUGUACCCUUGAGACACGUUCAUACAAUCUCAUUCACUCAUAAUUUCCAUUCUCACACAAUCACAGACUCAUCACACUCGUCCUCCUACACUACGUUCGUACAUUGAUAUAUAGGGUUAUAAGUAUAUGAUAUAAAUACUUAAAAAAGAUGUGAAAUAGCAAAGAAAAGAAGAUGCGUGGCACCAAAUUAUUGGACGAUUUAUACGAUAUGAUCUUUAAAGAUCGUAGAAGGUUUCUAUAAGUGUUCAAAUAUAUGUAUAUAUAUAUAUACAUACUUUCAUGAGCCACUCUAUGUACUGAUUAGUCCCUGCUUAGAAAAGAAAUAAGGAAAUUUUCUUAAACAAAGAAAAAAUCUUAUAUGAAAGGAGCUAUUUUUGAGCGUCAAAGCGAACGAAAGCCCGUUCGUCUUCUCCUCACCGUCUUCGUGUACGUCUUCACGGAAGUUCAGGUUGAUCGACCAAACGAUAUCGCGCGUGUCCCAAAUUGAAUAUGUAUUUGAGCCAAGUUCAUCGUCAACCUGGCCGCUUCCGGUCCAUCUAGUCAUGCUAAGCCAUGCGCGUCCUGUCGGACGAUGAAAUCGAUCUGUCGUCGUUUCAUCGAUUUUUUCCCGAAAAAUGGCGGGAAAUCCAUUUUACGUAGGCGCGAUUUGUGAUUAAACGAUGUGUUCGGAAAUUCUCGGACGAUCCACGUCCGUCAUUUUCUCUAGCGCGAGAAUUAUACAUAUUAUCGAAAUUCGACGUUAGAUUAUCGGUUAUUUCCUCGAAGAUGUAAUUAUUGUCGUAUUGUCGAUAAGAUUGGUGUGUCUAGUCUUAAAUACCACGGCGAGAAAUUUUGAGAUAUAGAUCGAUAUGGCGUCUCGGUGCUCCAUCUUGUCCUGUUUUCAUUGUUUCUGUAUUUCAUAAUUCUAUGAAACAUCGAGACAGCCGUUUCAUGUUUUUGAUCCGUGUCUCACCGUGGUAUAUAAUAAAUUAUGUCUUCUUCCUCUUUUUUCAUUUGUUUACGUUAUUAGGUAAUCAAAGUAAAAAAGAAAAAAAAUAUAAUAGAUCGAGAUACGGGAGAGUUAUAUUAUAAAUAAAUGCACACAGACCCGCAGACUGAUAUGGAUGCAAAUCUGAGAAUCAAAAUUUUCGACCGUCUCGUGGUUUCUCGGGGACGCAGUGUCUUAUGGGGCGGAUCUUUUGGUACUCGUUAGAAAUCGAGUGAAUGGAAAGUUUAUGGUCUUGAAUAGAGGGAAUUUAAAGAUCAUGGGUUGGAAGAAUUAAAUAUCUUUGAUAGGAACAAAGGUACCAAAAGAGAAGGAGAUGCGUGCGUGCGUGCGUGCGUGUAAAGAGAGAAUGAAAACACGUGCAACUGGAAGAUUAAGGAACUAAUUAAAAAAAAAAGACGUAACAGGAAAAAAAGAACCACACUAGCCAACGUAUGUCAUUUGAAUCGAAUAAUCAUCGUUUCGUUGUCGUGAUGUACGAGCAGGAGAGAGAGAGAGAGAGAAAAAGAAAAUAUGCGAGUGGGAAAUUGGAGAAUCUUUUUUCAAGGUAAUCGAUCGAUGUUGUAGAAACAGUGUCAUUUAAAGUAGUAGAUCGCUUCUACCAAAAAAAAAUAAAUGAAUAAAUAAAUAAAAAUAAGAGUAAAGUAAAAAUAACAUAAAAUAAAAACGAGUCAUCUCGAAGAAAAAAGUAUGAAAAACGGUUUACGUAAUUCGAAAGUCGCGCCAGCCGCGUUGUAGAGAACGCUCGAAGCGGCGCGAGAUUCGAAAUCGACGCGCGAAGCAUCCGCCUUCACGCUCCUUGUCCCUUCUUACGCUCCAUUUUUCUCUUCUUUUUUUCUUUUUCUCUGCUUUCGUUAUUUUUAUUAAUUGUCUCGAUCACGCGUCGAAUCUCGCGUUUCCUUCUAACGUGUCUCCGACUCGCGAGCAAAAUAAACGAUUUUUUAUACAGUAGAAUUAUACCAAUUGUACCACAUAGGAAAGAAAAAAAAAUAAUGAUGUUCGUUGUUCACUGCUCUGGCUUGCUAGUAACAGCAAAACUCAAUAACCCGGGCCUCUCGGAGGCUGUUCGGACCAGGAGCGGCGCGAAAAUUAGAAAAUGAAACUAAAAGACUGUUGACCAAUAACGAGCGUAAUUCACUUGGAAGAACUUGCUCCGGACAGUCCCCUUCGUGCCCCCUGUAUGAAUCGGCAACAUUUCAACAUUGCAAGAUUAUUGGUGUACUUAUCACGCAGUUUUCUACAAAAUAAAGAAAACAAUUUUGAAAAAAAAUA